AUGUUGCAGGACGCCAGAGUAACUGGUAUGAGGAUUACCAAACCUCGCCGAUGUAGGCAAGCUAGUCUGGUCUUGAUUGUGUUUCUGAUUACUAUAAAUCUCAUCAAUUUGUUUAUUCUGACCCGUUGUACGUCUAGUCUGGGUCAAUCGUCAAAUGAAAAUACAAACAUUAGAAGUGUUCUCGCCGGGAAUACUGAAUCCGUUGAUUACGCUGGUGACCAAAAGUUGGCGUUACAACGCGGCAGAACACAAGAUGGCGCCGCAUGGAUACCUAAAAUAGUGCACUUGACGUGGAAGAAUACAGUUAUUCCUGGGAGUACUGCGAACUGGGUGAAAAAGUGGACAAAAACUAACCCGGGUUACGAAGUUUGGUUCUGGACAGAUGACGAUGCUAGGAACUUCAUAAGGAAACAUUAUUCAUAUUUUUUCACUAAGUUUCAAAAAUAUCCGACCGCGAUUUUCCGAGCUGAUGCUAUUCGGUAUUUCAUUCUCUACCAUUUUGGUGGCAUUUAUGCAGAUUUAGACAUAGAGCCCUUGAAAUCUCUGGAUCCUAUUCGUCAAAAGUACGCAUGCGUGAUAGCGACGGAGCCAAAUGAGCAUGCGGAGAUAGCGUGGAAUUUUCGUGAAGGGGAAAAACUAGCAUGCAAUGCAUUCAUGGCGUGCAGGCCGCAUCACCCCUUUCUGAGACUUCUGAUUGACAUGUUAGAUAUGCAAGGAAUUAAAGAAUCCAACGUUGUUGUGGCUACAGGACCGGUAAUGUUAACAAGAACGCUCAAAAUAUACAACAAUAUCAACAAGCUCAUGACACAUGACCAAAACAGUACCAACGCAGUUUUCUUAGCACCGUCGAACUAUUUUAUUCCGCGGAUUGAUCAGCAAGUAAUAGACGGUCUGCUUCCGCACUGCGGUGAACCUAAUUUAAACCAAAAAUACAGCAAAUUUUGCGAAAUUUUCAACAGAGGUGAUUUCCAUAAUGGACCCACGCGAGAAUCCUUCACGGAUCACCAUUGGUGGCACUCGUGGUUUAUAAAGCUGAAGAAGUCCAAGCCUAAAAGCAUAGCUGCCGUGAUUCCAUAUGUGACGCUCGCGCGGACUUUGUUUGAGAGUGACUCGGUCGAAAAAAAGACAUAUUAA